GUAGUUCCGUCAUCCCGCUCAUCUGCGGGGCGACAGGGGGCCAAUGUUGAUUUGGGCGAAUUGCCUUCCAUAUAGGAUGUCAUUAGGUUUUAAAAAGCCUCAGUUUGCUAGCGCGAAGGCUUUCGACAGAGAAUACCGCAUCCCCGCCCGAGGAGUUACUGUGAUUUUGGGGAGGCUGGGGUGAAGGUGGGGAAGCCGAGGGGCCUCCAUCGGAGGGGGCUGAAAGGAGCCAUAGGCGAAGACUGGCCAACAGCGCCCAGUAGCGACCCGGGAUCUGAGCGGCAUCAACAGCGGACAUCCUGUUCAAGAGGAACACCGUUUUUGGAUUUAGGAGCUCUUUUGUCGUCAGAACCGAGCUUCGAUCUGCUUGGCGAUCUGCUUGCUGUGAGCGACUGACCGUCCGUUGACAGCUCGUCAUCAUGGGCAACGCGCCCACGGCCAGGAAGGGCAGUGAGAUGGAAAGCGUAAAGGAGUUCCUUGCUAAAGCCAAAGAGGACUUCCUGAAGAAGUGGGAGAGCCCUGAACAGAACACCGCUUGCCUGGACCACUUUGAGAGGUUGAAAACUCUCGGAACGGGCUCGUUUGGUCGCGUUAUGCUGGUGAGGCACAGAGAAACAGGACAGCAUUACGCCAUGAAGAUCCUCAACAAGCAGAAGGUGGUGAAGCUCAAGCAGAUUGAGCACACUCUUAACGAAAAGAGAAUUCUUCAAGCUGUUAACUUUCCUUUUCUCGUACGGUUAGAGUAUUCAUUCAAGGACAACACCAACCUCUACAUGGUGAUGGAAUAUGUGCCGGGCGGAGAGAUGUUCUCCCAUCUACGGAGAAUUGGCAGAUUUAGUGAACCCCAUGCUCGGUUCUACGCUGCUCAAAUUGUUCUGACCUUCGAAUACCUGCAUGCUUUGGACCUGAUCUAUAGAGAUCUGAAACCUGAAAACCUUCUCAUAGACCAACAGGGCUACAUACAGGUGACAGAUUUUGGCUUUGCCAAACGCGUUAAGGGCAGGACUUGGACACUGUGUGGGACGCCAGAAUAUCUUGCCCCUGAAAUCAUACUCAGCAAGGGAUAUAACAAGGCAGUGGACUGGUGGGCGUUAGGUGUACUGGUCUAUGAGAUGGCAGCUGGGUACCCUCCUUUCUUCGCUGACCAGCCUAUUCAGAUCUACGAGAAGAUUGUAUCAGGGAAGGUGCGCUUCCCAUCUCACUUCAGCUCCGACCUGAAGGAUCUCCUGAGGAACUUGCUACAGGUUGAUCUGACUAAACGCUAUGGGAACCUCAAGAACGGGGUCAAUGACAUUAAGGGACACAAGUGGUUUUCAACUACUGACUGGAUUGCCAUUUACCAGAAAAAAGUGGAAGCUCCAUUCGUCCCCAAGUUUAAGGGGCCAGGCGACACCAGCAACUUUGACGACUAUGAGGAGGAGGAGAUCCGCAUUUCUUUCAAUGAGAAAUGUGCCAAGGAGUUUGCAGAGUUCUAGAGUUGGCGCUUGAGUGGAUGAGGGAGGGAGUCGAUAAGGAAGCUGGGGGAGUCAGAGCGAAGCUGGUCAAGUGGGAGAUGUCAGGAGGAGCGUACCAUCUCCCGUCACAAUCACAAGCACCAGCUGCAAAAAGAGGGGAAAGGGAUCAAGCAAGGAGACUGACAACCAGCAGUGUCGCCUUUUUCAGUUCUACUUUCUUCAUGAUUCUGUCUCAUUUAUGGAUCCCUUUAUAACGAAGGCGUGCUUCAGAUUCUCGGGUUGGGCAACCACUCUUGUUUAGAGUCGCCUCUUCACUGUUUACUCCCUGCUGGUAUGGUUUCAUCCUUCACGUUUGAAGUCCAAGAGAGGCAAAUUCAUUUGUUCGAGUCAACUGUUCCAUCUCUUUGUCAAAUGUGAAGACUACUGGAACUGGACCAGAGAAAGUCUGCACUGAUUUUUUUUUUUUUUUUUAAUUUCCACUGAUAAUUGGUUGGCUUGCGCUUCCUCUGGUGAGCAACAGAAGUUUUAAAGCAGACACACAUAUACGUUCAGCUUGAAAGGCUUCAGUUUUGCAACUUUUAUUUUUUUGUCACGUACAGUAACUCCAUCCUCCAAUGUUGUAGAGAGUAUACGUCAAGUCACCAAUGUGAUUUGACGAUUGACAGACAGAUUUCACUCUUGAUGACUCUGUGUGUGUGUGUGUGUGUGUGUGUGUGUGUGUGUGUGUGUGUGUGUGUGUGUGUGUGUGUGUGUGUGGUGUGUGUGUGUGUCAGUAUUUAUUAUCAUUGCAAUUUGACAACUUUGUCCAUCUCCACGACACCAACUUCUAAAUGUUUAAAUGUGUCUCCGGUGAUAAUAUCAUGUGACGCUAACUAACACAAAGACGUGGACAAAGGAAAGGGCAAGCACGGUUUCAGAGGUGUGAAGGAACACAUAAUGUUACAUAAUGGUAUCUCAGGUUUGAACAUAUCACUAAAUGGGGACAUUGGAUGUGUGUAUCCAAUGGAGAAAUGGAAAUGUUAAUUUCUGGGCAGAAUUCAAAGGAACUAAAGGGAAUUUUUAGAUAUGUGAUUAGUGUCUUCCACAUUUUUGCCCUUCCAUUUGGUUUUGUGACUGAACAAAAGCCUGUGCUGUCUGCGCUCAGAUCUCACCUACUCUGCAUGUUUUUUGUCCUGAAAGAGACCAUCUGAGGCAGACUACCUCAAACUGUUUCUGGAUAACCAGAACCACUUUGAUCUGUCAUUGAUGCUGGUCUUAUUUGUGUCCUUUUAAAAAAAUUGAAAAACGAAAAAAAAAAAAACUAUGUUUAAAUAUCCCAGUAAUCACCUCAUUCCUCUUGACACUUUAAAUGUUGAAGUACAUUAUUCAUUUGGCAAACUUAGCCCAUCACAUUUUUUUUUGUGUGUUUUAUUCCAUAUGGUGGUGAUGUGAAAAACGAUAACUGACCUGGAAAAGAGAGCGCAUCUGCAGUGAGUUCUUGGAGUGGCUAACAUGGUUCUUAGUACACUGCAUACUCUUUAUCUUACAUGAUACAUGUGGUCAAUAUCAUCCUUUAGAUGUGAUGACAAGUGCUUUGACAUCUCAGUGGUGACUCAAAUGUGAUGGCCCCAGUUUCAGCGCAGGAUAUUUUGAUACAAAACAUUGAUUUCAGAACUCCCGCAUAAACCAAACUGCACUCAUUUAGUACACUACUUUUUGUCUAUUUUUUUUUUUUUUUUUUGCAGGCUCCAUAUCCAAGCUAAAACACAAGAACAAUACAACAAAGGUGAAGGCUUUUGAAUUUUAAAGACCAACCAUAGAACCUUUGAGAAUGCCAUGAUACAGCUAAAGAGGUUCAUCCUAAUGAAAUGUAACAUAAGUGAUGCGCAUUUAACACUCCGAUAAAACACCAAAUGGUCACCUAUCAAGCAGUUUUUUCUCUUAUAAAGUGAGGUGAAAUUGUUUAUUAAUCAAUCUCUUUGAAGUCUAAUUCACAUUGUCACAUUAGAUGGAUGAUUAUUAUUAUUUGAUAGUUUGUAUAACUUGUCACAUCUUCACAAUUGUCGGUAUCCCAUCCACGUCCGAUUCAAUGUUGACGACUGUAACAUUAUGAAUCCAAUGAAAAUGGAGGUUAUGAUACAACGGUUUGAUGGGUCUCAUCGAUGUUUUUCUAGUGAUACUUCCUUUCGAAGGAGGCACAAUGCUGGUAUAUUUUGUCGCACUUUUAGGGAAAUGAGAGAUCCCAGCGUGAACCAUGUUAACACCACCCCGCCACACAUACAAUGGAGCAUAAAACACACACACACAAAGGGAAGUCACGGCAGCACUGACAUAAAAACCUGAGUGUAAUAUUUUGCAACAUGAAAAUCAU